AUGUCAACAGGGGUACUAUCAUGGCUUGCCCGAUGCGGCUGUGAAGUUCGUUCAUUGAUUCGCCGUAUCGGCAAAGGAAACGGGCCAAUUAAAUAUUCAUCGAGUGAUUGUGGGCCGAGGCGGGCGCCGGUAAACUCUCGUAGCGCGAAGCGAGGUUUUGGCGCGAAAAGCGUGUCUCUGGUUCUCGGGCAAUCCGACUGCCUACUGCCAGAAAUGCCCGCCCUACGGAGCUUUGUCUACGAGUGUUGUACGCUCUCGGCGCUUGCGUACUAA